AUGUCUUUCAAGCUCACAAUCCUUUCAGUUUUGGUCGUCCUUUCCACCACUUGGGUAUCCAAUGCCAAAACUCCCUUCCCUGCGCCUGCACCACCAUCAGGACCACAUAGUCAAUGUGGUAUUUGGAGAUCUACCUUUGCACCGGAUCAAGGCAUCCAAUCUUCAAGUGCUAAUCUACUUACGUCGAAACAGACUCAGGCUCUUAAAUCUCUCACCAAAAGGUCUUCUCUCAGACGACGAAUUGAUCCCUCAGAACCUACUCAAAUGAUCGCAGACGCUACUGGAGCUCCUGGUGCUUGUGGAUCGCCAUAUGCCAGUGAUGAUAACGUGGUUUGCCUUUGGAAUGGUGCAGGAUUUGCGCAACCUGCUUCAGGAAAUCCUACCCCUGGUUGGGUUACUGGUUCAUCGCCUAACAACUGCUACAGAUCAAUUUGGGUACAAGCCAACGGUAAAAUGAGCCGUGGUGUACUUGCAGAAUCUUGCGCCAUCUUCGGUUCAGAUGAAACUGUUGACCUUCCAACGGGUUGUUCAGCUAUCUUCAUCAGUGGCAAUAUGUUUGCUGAGCUCGGAUACACUAGCGAUGUUGGUUCUAUUACCAUUGAUUCUUGGGAUUUCGACUCCCCACACCAAAACGCUUGGUGA